AUGAACCCAACCAGACGCUUACUGACGCGUUCACUUUCCUCACUUCGCAGAAAGCCUUUCCCAAUCCCCCAUCCCGGGCCUCUUUUGCCCCCAAACGAGCCCGUGGACGAAGAAAGAUGUCCAGGAUAUAGCCCCACGAACUUCUAUCCCGCGAAGCCUGGUGAGGUACUCGCCGAUCGUUAUCAGAUCCUCGUCAAGGUUGGCUGGGGUACCACCUCUACCGUAUGGUUUGCUCGUGAUAUGCGGGGAAAUGAGGAUGAACCGGAGGGCGUUGUAGCACUGAAGAUAGCCAAUACCAACUCACACGCAGCUGACGUCGCACGCGAAACUGAGCAGUACAUCGCCGAGACAGAGUCAUCCCAUCGUGGACGUGCAGUUCUCCGAACAUCUUCGGAAUCCUUCGAGAUUACUGGUCCAGAAGGAAGACAUGUGUGUUUCGCAUAUGAGCCCAUGAGGGAGCCCCUUUGGCUUUUUCAGAGGCGCUUCAAGGAUGAGAUGAUCCCUCUUCCGAUUAUCAAGGCCUAUAUUUACAUUCUUCUUGUGGGUAUCGAUUACCUUCAUACGGAAUGCAAGACAGUACAUACGGAUCUGAAGCUUGAGAAUAUUAUGAUCUCCUUUGAAGAUCCAACGGUGAUGGCUGACUUUAUGAACGACCAAUUCGAUCAACCAAUGGAAUAUAAAAUAGACUCCAUAGGUCGACCAAUUGUUGAUUUUGGACACUGUACAAGGCUCGAUGAUGAUAGCUGGGGUAUGUAUCCUAUCCAGCCAGAGCACUAUCGCGCGCCAGAGGUAAUCCUUGGUUGCGGUUGGAGGAUGAGCACGGAUAUAUGGAAUUUGGGUGUUAUUUUAUGGGAUCUGAUUGAGGGCAAGGAAUUAUUCAGUCAAGUGCAUGAUGAGCAAGGCCAAUACCAGGCAAAAGCGCAUCUCGCAGAAAUGAUAGCCUUCCUCGGUCCCCCACCCCAAGACCUGAUCGCAAGAUAUCGCUGGAUGCUCGACUACCAAUGGCCUCAUCCUAUCACAACGGCGGACGGUGCCGUCUACAAAAGCUGUGAUCAAUUCUUUGGGGGUCCGUUCUUUAAUAGUGAUGGAGAGUUCUUACACAAGGACCUGAUUCCAUACAGAAACCUGGCAGAUACACUCCCCUCCCUAGAAGAGAAGGAAAGAGAAAGCUUCUUGUCCUUCGUGAAAUCCAUGCUUGCCUGGGUCCCGGAGGAGAGGAAGACUGCGCGUGAAUUGGCCGAGCAUCCGUUUCUUCGACUAAACCUAAUAACCGGCGCGGCAUCCGGCAUCGGCCGCGCCUGCGCCAACACAUUCGCGCGCGACGGCGCCAGCGGCAUCGCCCUCCUCGACCUGGACAAAACAGCGCUAGAAGCCGUGCAAGCCGAAAUCAACGCCCAACUCAGCCCGGAUAAGACACCCCGCUGCCGCGUGGAAAUCUACCCGGUCAACGUUACCGACGAAAACCGGGUAAACGAAGUGAUCCAAAGCGCAGCGCAGACCUUCGGCCGACUCGACUACGUGGUCAACGCGGCCGGAAUCGCAAUGAAGCAUCAGGGAGGCGCGGCAUUCGCCGAAACGGCCGACUGGCAACGCAUCCUCGACAUCAAUCUCACGGGCACGUUCUUCGUCCUGCGGGCCGCGGCGCGGGUCAUGUUAACCCAGGAACCGAUUCGGUCGAGUAUUGAUGGACGGCCGUUGCAGCGGGGGUCGAUUGUGAAUUUCUCGUCCAUUCAGGGCGUCGCGGGCAUCCCGUUGUCGACUGCCUAUACGGCGACGAAACAUGCUGUUAUUGGGUUGACCAGGACGGCGUCCGAGGAUUAUGCCAAGGAUGGGCUGAGGAUUAAUGCCAUUUGUCCUGGCUAUACGGAGACGCCGAUGACGACCAAGUCACCAUUGGUUUUGCAGGCGAUGCAGGAGAGGGUGGCCACUGCUGUGCCGAUGCAGCGCAUGGGGGAGCCGAGGGAGAUUGCUGACGGCGUGGUGUAUCUUUCUGGGGGGAGGAGCUCGUUUGUUACGGGGACUGCGCUUUUUGUAGACGGGGGGUAUACGCAGCGUUAG